GCUGUCUCUCACAAAAGCCACCCGAGCACCGUAAGAAAAGGCAAACAGGAGGAACUUCUGAUAAGAUGAAUGUCAUCCGUGAAGCUCGGUCGGUUUACGUAUAGACUUGUUCCGCAACAAUUCCGCUGCAGAAUGGGUUCCCACCGCGGCAUUCGCCGUCGGGUCGCCGUGGUCGCAACCCUCCUCACACUCUUCCUCAUCUACCACUUCACAAUUGGCUCGGUUCCGUACCAACCCUCUUCAAGCCAAUAUACGAACAGUGCACGCACAAGCUCAGACAAGAAACAGUCACAAUGUCUGCCUCUGCCAGGUAUCGAGGACGUUCUCGUGGUCAUGAAAACUGGCGUCACAGAAGCCCUCGAUAAAGUGCCUGUCCACUUCAAGACCACCCUCCGCUGUAUCCCCAACUAUGUCAUCUACUCUGACUUUGAGGAGAAAAUCGAUGGUGUCCAGAUCCACGACGCCUUCCGCAACAUCGAUCCCGCCGUCAAGCAAAACGUCGACGAUUUUCAGAUCUACAACCGCCUCUCCAAACGCGGGCGUGAGGGCUUGCAGACUCAAGACUUUGCCGACGAGGCGAAUUCGGCUAUUGGAAAACCGAACAACCCGGGCUGGAAGCUGGACAAGUGGAAGUUUCUGCCGAUGGUGAAAGAGGCGCACCAGUACAAGCCAGAUGCCAAAUGGUUCGUGUUCAUGGAGGCGGACACCUACUACUCAUGGCCGACGCUCCUCGCGUGGCUGUCGCACUUUGACCCAUCUGAACCGCAUUAUAUUGGCACAGAGACACAGAUUGCGGAUGUCAUCUUUGCGCACGGCGGAUCAGGCUUCGUGCUUUCCAACCCAGCCAUGAAACUCGCGGCGGACGAGUAUACCGAGCGGGCUGAUGAACUGCACGAGUACACAGACGCCCAUUGGGCUGGUGACUGCGUGCUAGGCAAAGUUCUCUCAAACGUUGGCGUCAACCUAUCUUUCUCGUGGCCAAUCCUGCAGAAUUCAAAUAUUGGGGAGCUGGAUGAGUUCACGACCACAUUUUACCGCCGGCCGUGGUGUUUCCCGGCUGUGGCGCUCCACCACCUGUCACCGGAUGAUAUCCGGUUUCUGCAUGAUUUUGAGCACCGGAGGCUUGCCAAGUCUUCAAGGCUGCCGCUUCUCCACAGCGAUAUUUUCAAAGAGCUUAUCUUCCCCGAACUUAGCAAUGUUCGAAAUGGCUGGGAUAACCUUUCUGACAAGGAGCAACCGACGCUUUCUACAUUCCAAGAAUGCCAGUCCUACUGCAAAGAAACGGCCAACUGUGUGCAGUUUGUCAUGCGAGACGGAACAUGCUACACUGGCGAGACGCCACGGUUGGGGUCGCAUAACUCGAAUGCCCAGUCCGGUUGGAUCAUUAAUAAGAUAGAGAACAUGGUGGACCAGGCACCUCAAUGUGUUAGACCAGACUUUGGGCUUUAA